CUCUCUCUACCUAUCUAUCUCUCUCUGUCUCUGUCCUUUUCCUUCUCUUUCUCCAUCUCUCUUUCUUUCUCUCGCUCUCUCUCUCUCUCUCUCGUACGAUCGUGACUUAUUCACGGGGGCCGCCUUCCUACAGUGUGUUACUCUCUCUCUCUCUCUCUUUCUCUCUCUCUCUCUCUUUCUCUCUCUCUCUCUAUCUCUCUUUCUCUAACUCAAGAGCGCUUCUUACUUCUCGUUAUACGCUGUACGAGGAGAGGUGCAUCGCGUUAGAGCUCGCGAAAUGCCAGUGAUUCGAUGCGACUUCAAGUGCGCGUAUCGUGUUCUCCAAGUUGGCACAGUGAAAAGCUAAGAAAUCGUUGUGUAUCUCUUACGUUGUCGACGACGACGACGACGACGACGACGACGCUGUGAAACUUGCUUGGUGAAGCUUAUCGUUUUCUCUCUUUCUCUCUCUCUCUCUCUCUCUCUCUCUCUCUCUCUCUCUUUCUCUCUUUCUCUCGCUCUCUCUUUUUCUUUCUCUUUCUUUUUCUUUCAGUUUAUCAGUGUAUACAUACGUGUGUGUGUGUGUGUGUGUGUGUGUGUGUGUGUGUAUGUGUAUGAUUGCGCGCGCACAAGAACCCACGCUCCUCGUAUACUCUACUUGAAAAUAUCGUACUUUCGUGUGUCCACUUUGGAAAGAGUCUGGCGUGUCUCAUCGAAUUCGUUUCGAGAAAGCGAACGAAGAUGAGGAAGCAUCUUACAGAAGGAAUAGUAAAGAGAUCGUAACUGAAGGAAUAGACUCCUCGUGUCGCUUUUGUGAAAGAAAAAGUGAAUGAUAAUAAUAAUAAUAAUAUUAAUAAUGAUAAUAAUAAUAAAUAAAUAAAUAAAUAAAUAAAUAAAUAAAGUAAUAAUAAUAAAGCUAAUCGUAAAAAGAAAAAUAAGGGCGAGGAAUUAGAGAAUAAUAAAUAAAGGAUUUUCAUGAUUUUUCGGGAGAAGUUCGUACGAAGAAUGAUUUUGAUCGAGAGAGAAGGAAGAAGAAGGAGGAGGCGAGGCACGGAAUCGAAAAAGGAAAGCCACGGUGAUUCGCGACUGGAAGACCUCGGCGUUGCACCUUAGGAUCGCAGAAACGCUGUGUGUACGAGCGUUGAGAAGGGUAUCCAAAGGAAAGAGGAGGGGAAGAGGUUGGAGAAAAGGACGAAGUAAAGAAGAAGAAGAGGAGGAGGAGGAGGAGGAGGACGUCGAAGACGAGGACGAGUAGGAAGAAGGAAGAAGAAGAAGAAGAAGAAGAAGAAGAAGGACUAGUUGUGCUUGGGGCAAGUAACGUCUCUUGUCCAAAGGGAUGCCGAUAGUCGAAGGGGGAAGAUCGGUGUUCGAUAAUAGAACUCCGCGAGGACGUGUUGAUCUUUGGGUAGGAAAUAGACGCAACCCAUGAGGCCACUCUCCUUCGAGAACCUUAGGAGGCUCGUGAGCCGCAAGAAGGAUAGAAACGAGCCAUCCUUCAAACGUAGCGAGUCGUUUAAAAGGAUAUCUAUAAGGAAAAGUUAUCUCGAUCGUGGUAAACGACGUAACAAGUUGCAAAAGAAUCUUGAACCGGUGAUAACGGCUCAACCGGUGGUUGUAGUGUCAGCACCGGCCACUACGAGCGUGCCGGACCAACAGGAAAAUGUACAGGCUACGAGGAUCAAGAUCAAGGAAGAACAGGAGGUUAGGAGACAACAGGAAAACGUAUCGCUUAGCCGUGAAUCUAUCAGUUAUGACGAAUGGUUGCAAGGCGUUGGCUCCUCCUCUCGUGAUAAACUUCAAGAAAAAAUAUUGGUCCAAGAGGCGACGAGUAAAGUUUCGUCGAAGGUUACGACGAGACAACAAAUUCAAGAUCGUCGCUCUAGCAAUGAUCUAACUGACGACUUAAACUCAGCGAUUUUGUCAUUGAAACCGUUCGGUCCAAAUACGCACGACGAGGACGAUUGGAUUUAUUCUGAAAAAAAUAUUCAUCAUAACGAUAAUCUUGGACAAACGCGUGAAAGCGCGUGUGUACCUCUUGAAACUGGACCGCCCAGUGUCAGUAUCAGUCUUGGACGAGUUUGGAGGGACGCCGUACCGGUACCAUAUCCUUCCUCUUCCGGGCCCUCCGUUCAUCAUUCGUUGGACAGUGCAUUAAAAGAACGAAAACCUUCACAACCGACGGUCGCUAGAACCGUCUCGGCCCCGGAAAAGACAAUCAUCAAGGACAACACAUCAUCCUCGUCCUCGUUUGGCUUCUCGCUUAGGAUCGGCAAGCUGGCUGACUUCAGGGCAGGGAGCACGAGGAAUGGAUUCUUCCGACGAAAAACGUCUAAGCCAUCACCGAGCGUCAGUACCGAAGGUUAUUUCAAGAGGACCAGCGGUCAAAGGAGAUCGAGUUCGAGAAAACGUGGAAAGAGGACGACGUCGUCGCAGCGUACGACCUCCCAGAGGACAUCUCAAAGGACAAAGAAAAAGAAUGAUCAACAGUCGGCUGUUCGUGACAACAGUCCGGUAUGGUUCGUGCCACCGGAAAGGAGACGUUCGAGACGUCAAAGACGAGUUUGGCGAGAGAUUCGUUAUUUUCCUGAGGAGGAGGAAAAUCGGGAGGAUCAAGCAGGAGCAAGAGCAGGAGCAUUGAUUCUCGAAAAAUACGACGAUUAUUAUUCGUCGAAUUUGUCGGAUGAUCAAUUCGACGAUCAAAAAUUGUUACUCUCUGGGGAUUUUAAUGAGAGAAGAGACGAGGCAUUCAAUUCUCUCGUUUCUUCGUCGUUAGGUUCCUUCUCGGUUACGUCAUCGUCCUCCUCGGUAUGUCCAGCGCCAAAAAUCAGCGAUUUCAACGAGGACAAAUUAUUCUCCGAGGAAUUGAGGAAUCGUGGUUUACUCGGUAGAAGAACCAUUUGGAAAAAUAAUACGACGUCUCCUAUAGUUACAACAGAAAAUUAUUUUACUAGCAGUCAAUUUAUUAAUUUUCUCGCUAAGAAUUCGUCCGAUCGUAACACCAAAGAAAGAUCAAGAAAGGAUAGCAAUUCAUAUUACAGAUAUCUGAGCUCUAGCGAGAGCGAUAACGAAUCUUCUCGACGUGAUAUCCUCGACGACGAUCGUCUCUCUCAACGUCAGCAACAACAUCUUAAACGACAAAAAUCUGGACCGAGAAGACGACCUUUAAGAAGAAAAUCGCAACUUCGUCGAGCAUCUGGCCAGCCCGUUUUUCUUGUUCGCAAAUGCUCGUCCUUGAGAAAACGACCCAGAGACAUAACGCAAAAGGGCUAUGAAAAGAAACGGACUCGUCUACUGCAGCAAUAUGCUUCAAAACAACUCGGGGCUGGAAAUGGCGGCAUUGCUGGCAGUGGCGACAUUGGUAGUGGUGGAGGAGGAGGAGGAGGAGGAGGAGGUGGUGGAGGUGGAGGGGUUGUCAGUGGUGGUGGAGGACUCGAAAGGACAAGUUAUGGAAGCGGCGGCGGCGGCGGUGGAGGUGGUGGUGGUGGUGGUAGUAGUGUUGUUGGUGUUGGUGUUGGUGUUGGUGUUGGUGUUGGUGGUGGCGGACGACCACAGCCACGUGCACGACGCACGCAACGUCGUGUCACGCACAACGAGAAACGCUAUCAUUCAGGAGGUCGGCUAGUACCUGGUGGGAUCGCCAGUCCUCCGGGAUCUGGCGGCUCAACCGGAAACACCGGGAACUCAAACUCGGCUGCUGCGAGACGCGGUAAUCGCAGACUCACGCGCAAUGAGAGCCGCUAUCAUUCCGAGGUACGUCAGGAGGCGGUACAGCAAGCCCUGGCAGCUAUGCAAGGUCGGCCGAAACCUUCCUUGCCAAUGCCAUCGAAGAGAACUUCCGUCAUGGCUAGAAGUCCUGAACGAGAACGUCGCGAUAGCGGAGAAUCUAGUAGCGAUGAGGAUAGUGUCGUAACGGAAGAGAGUCCUGGUGCUGGUGGUCCAACUGGUACUGGCUUAUCAGACACUAGCAGUACCGGAUCAGCACGUGAUACGCCACCACCACCAAGACCACCGGCAAGGAGGCCACCUGGUGCCGACAUUACUGACAUCGCCGAAUAUACGCCUCAUGCUUAUUGUAACAUACAACCACCGGACGUAACACACACGGGCAGUACGCCAACGGCACAACAGUCUACGAGACGGCCUGGUGCCGAUCGUGUCAAUCGUUACCACGUAGUCGAGGAUCAAAAUAAUACUGGAACAACUGGACGUUGGAAGGUAUCAGCGAAAAUUCAACAAUUAUUGAAUACGUUAAAACGGCCAAAGAGACGGCCACUUCCUGAAUUUUACGAGGACGAUGAUAUAGAGCUUGAGAUAGCUGCUAAUCCAAAAGAUCCUAAUGCACCAAAACCGGAAGGUGGUUCGAUGACGUCUGCGAUCGGUGAACCAUUGUCCGUGCCGUCAGGCCUGCCUAGAUCACUCGAAGCCGCUAUUCAAAGGUACGGCUCAGCAAGUUACAAAGCACCGGUCGCAACCGUUCUAGAUCCUAACGGCAAACUCUGCAUCACAUUGACAUAUGGAAAACUUUUAAGUCGUUCCCAUAAAAUAGCCUAUACACUUUUAAACAAGGCUCUAAGCCGUGGCGGUGAUUGUUGUCUCAAGCCUGGAGAUAGAAUCGCUUUGGUAUAUCCGAACAACGAUCCGAUAAGUUUCAUGUGUGCAUUUUAUGGUUGCCUUCAAGCUGGUAUCGUCCCCGUACCGAUCGAGGUACCAUUGACACGUCGAGACGCAGGUUCCCAACAGAUUGGUUUUCUUCUUGGUAGUUGUGAAAUACAGGUGGCCCUAACCAGCGAGGCCUGUCUCAAAGGUUUACCAAAGACAGCGGCUGGCGAGGUUGUAGCUUUCAAGGGUUGGCCAAAAUUACAUUGGUUCGUUACAGAACAUUUAGGUAAAACUCCAAAAGAUUGGUUACCACCGCCUCGUUUAACCGACGAUACACCAGCUUACAUCGAGUAUACUACAGUAAAGGAUGGAUCGGUGAUGGGUGUGACAGUGACAAGAUCAGCUAUGCUUGCUCAUUGUCGUGCCCUUACUCAAGCAUGCGGUUAUACAGAAGGAGAAAAUGCCGUUUGUGUGUUAGAUUUUAAACGGGAAGUUGGCCUCUGGCAUAGCACUCUUACUAGCGUAUUAAAUGGGAUGCACGUUAUAUUUAUACCUUAUGCCUUGAUGAAGGUCAAUCCAGCUAGUUGGAUGCAAAUGAUAACGAAACAUCGGGCUAGCGUGGCUGUUGUUAAAUCACGAGAUCUUCAUUGGGGUUUAUUAGCGACCAAAGAUCACAAGGAUAUAUCAUUAUCCUCAUUGAGGUUGCUACUAGUCGCUGACGGUGCCAAUCCUUGGUCCCUUUCCUCUUGUGAUCAAUUUCUUUCGGUGUUCCAAUCGAAGGGUUUAAGACCAGACGCUGUAUGUCCUUGCGCAUCCUCUAGCGAAGCCCUUACCGUUUCUGUCAGAAGACCUGGCCGAGCAGGAGUAAAUGCUACUGGGCGUGGUGUCCUUUCUAUGUCAGGAUUAAGCUACGGUGUUGUUAGGGUAGAUCAAGAAAAUUCGUUGACUUCACUGACGUUACAAGAUUGUGGUCAAGUUAUGCCAGGAAGUAUCGUAGUGGUAGUUAAGAUGGAAGGAAAGCCAUACAUUUGUAAAACCGAUGAGGUUGGUGAAAUAUGUGUCCAUAGUGCUGCAACUGGUAGCCAAUAUUGGGGACUGCAAGGAUUAACAAACAAUACUUUCAAAGUAUCACCUUUACAAGCGGAUAGUACUCCAUUAGGCGACGUGGAAUAUACGCGAUCUGGUUUGUUAGGAUUCCUCGGCCCUGGUGGUUUGGUAUUCGUUUGUGGAUCUCGCGAUGGUCUUAUGACUGUGACAGGAAGGAAACAUAAUGCGGACGAUAUAAUAGCUACCGUUUUAGCUGUGGAACCAAUGAAAUUCAUUUAUCGUGGUAGAAUAGCUGUCUUCAGCGUAAGAGUUUUGAGAGACGAAAGGAUAUGUGUCGUUGCUGAGCAGCGGCCCGAUUGUAGCGAGGAAGAGAGUUUUCAAUGGAUGUCACGUGUUUUGCAAGCGGUCGAUUCAAUUCACGCAGUUGGAAUUUAUUGUCUUGCAUUAGUUCCACCUAAUUAUCUACCAAAAACACCACUUGGGGGUAUUCACCUGUCUGAAACUAAAAGACGUUUUCUAGAAGGUGCACUACAUCCAGCUAACGUCCUGCUCUGCCCCCACACUUGUGUUACCAACUUACCAAAACCGCGUGAAGUGCAUUCGGCGGGGGAUUCUGUUGCAGACGUUGGUCCGGCGAGCGUAAUGGUUGGCAACAUCGUUCAAGGAAAUAGACUGGCUUCUGCUCAAGGACGUGACAUGGGUGUUUUGGAUGAGGAUAGCGAUAACGCCAAGAAGUAUCAAUUCAUCUCGGAGAUUUUACGUUGGCGUGCUGUCAGUACAUCUGAUCACGUCAUCUUCACAUCACUCAAUGCCAAAGGAGCAGUUGCAACUUCGUUAUCGUGUUCUCAAUUGCACAAGAAAGCCGAACGCAUUGGGAAUCUUCUUUUGGAUCGUGGAAGAAUCAACACUGGGGAUCACGUUGCAUUGAUAUUUCCACCUGGUACAGAUUUGAUAUGUGCAUUUUAUGGUUGUCUUUAUGUCGGUGCUGUCCCUGUUACCAUCAGGCCUCCACAUCCUCAAAAUCUACAAACAACAUUACCAACCGUACGCAUGAUCGUCGAUGUCAGUAAAUCGGUACUCGUACUGACGAAUCAAAACAUUAUGAAACUUCUAAAGACUAAAGAAGCUAAUAAUGUUAUCGAGGUGAAAAGUUGGCCAACGAUUCUCGAUAUGGAUGACAUGCCAAAGAAGAAGCUUCCGGUUAUGUAUCGUGCACCUACAGCGGAAAUGUUGGCUUACUUGGAUUUCAGUGUCUCUACUACGGGCAUGUUGGCUGGCAUUAAAAUGUCUCAUGCGGCAGUAACAUCGUUGUGCCGUGCUAUGAAACUUGCAUGCGAAUUGUAUCCUUCGAGACAUAUUGCUCUAUGUUUAGAUCCAUAUUCUGGUCUUGGAUUUGCCCUUUGGUGUUUAAGCAGUAUAUACAGCGGACAUCAUUCCAUUUUAAUACCACCGUCCGAGGUGGAAGCAAAUCCAGCCCUUUGGUUAUCAGCUGUUAGCCAAUCUAGAGUAAGGGAUACAUUUUGCUCAUAUGGUGUUAUGGAGUUGUGCACAAAAGGCUUGGGUUCCUCGGUUCAUGCUCUUAAAGCACGUGGCGUUAGUUUGGCCUGCGUAAGAACUUGCGUCGUAGUUGCUGAGGAGAGACCACGAAUAGCUUUGACUACGAGCUUCAGUAAAUUAUUUUCCGCUCUUGGAUUAAGUCCACGUGCGGUUUCAACGUCAUUCGGAUGUAGAGUUAAUACUGCCAUUUGUCUUCAGGGAGCAUCUAGUCCAGAACCAUCAACGGUAUACGUGGACCUACGAGCAUUACGAAACGACCGUGUUUCUCUCGUCGAAAGAGGCAGUCCACAUUCUCUCUGUCUAAUGGAAUCUGGAAAAUUGUUACCUGGUGUAAAAGUUAUCAUAGCCAAUCCAGAAACAAAAGGGCAAUGCGGCGAUUCUCAUCUAGGAGAAAUAUGGGUUCAAUCGGCUCACAAUGCCAGCGGUUAUUUCACGAUUUAUGGGGACGAAACUGAUUAUGCCGAUCAUUUCAAUGCACGCCUUGUAACAGGAAAUACCAAUGAGGUUUAUGCCAGGACCGGUUAUCUUGGUUUUCUUCGACGGACUGAAAGCGUACAACAGUCUGUUAUUAGUGAUGUUCCCGGUGAUACUUCUGCAUCCGAAGCCGAUCUUGUACCCGGUGACGCCGAAUUACAUGACGCUGUUUUCGUGGUCGGUGCACUCGACGAAGCCAUUUUACUUAGGGGCAUGCGAUAUCAUCCAAUUGACAUUGAAAACAGUGUUAUGAGAUGUCAUAAAAAAAUCGCCGAAUGCGCCGUGUUUACGUGGACUAAUCUGUUAGUAGUAGUGGUCGAGCUCGAUGGAAGUGAAAGUGAAGCUCUCGAUUUAGUGGCACUAGUUACUAGCGCUGUUUUGGAAGAACAUCAUUUGGUAGUAGGCGUCGUUGUAGUAGUUGAUCCUGGUGUAGUUCCAAUCAACUCGAGAGGUGAGAAACAACGGAUGCAUUUGCGCGAUGGAUUUCUUGCCGAUCAACUUGACCCAAUUUAUGUAGCCUAUAACAUGUGAACGCUGUGCAACAAGAUAAUAGAAUUAUGUUACGUUGAAGUUGGAAUGCUUGUCCGCAUAGUUUAUACAUCUAUAUUGCCAUUGUUAAUAUUUUUUUAAAUACGUACAAGACACAUGACGACCACCAAUGAUCGUGAACGAACGUGAUUAUAUAAGUGCGUGCACUAUCGUACGCUAAAUUUUAGAUUUUUUUUUUUUUUUUACGGACAAGCGUUAUAUAUAUAUAUAUGUAUAUGUAUAUGUAUAUGUACAUGUAUAUGUAUAUGAACAAAACAAAAAAAAAAAAAACAAAAACAAAAAAUGCGCUAACGGAGAUAUUCCGAAGUUUUGCAACUGAACUGCCACACACACACACACACACACACACACACACAUAUAUAUACACAUAUACACGCACAUAAAAGAAAAAAAGAAAAAUCCAUGAUAUUCCAUAAUUUGAUUGUUCUUAUAACCGGAUAUUCUUGAACAUCGUUCAAUCAUUUAACAUUAUUACAAACGAUGUAAUAAGAUUUUUUUGUUCCCAUCUACGACUUUCGAAAGGAUAGUGAGCGCUUGUACAUUGGUACAACUAAUAUCUGCGAUAAUAUAUUAACUUUGCUAUUUAUAUAUAUAUAUAUAUAUAUAUAUAUAUAUAUAUAUAUAUAUAUAUAUAUAUUUAUGGACUGAAUUUUCAAGCGAACGUUUAGAAAAUAAGUUUGAUCGAGAGAAUUUAACACAUACUUUCUAAAUUAUUUUCGAUAUUAUUGUUAUUAUUAUUUACAAUUUAUAAUUUUCACUUUUGUUACAUCGAAAAAUAAGAUAUUCUCUCUCUCUCUCUCU